UAGCCGACUUACUAAGACGGUGUCGAGCUGCUCCGAAGUCCGUUCUUGCACGCAAGCCGCCGCAUCCUCACAGAUCCUGAGAACGUUCUGCCACGAGUGGAGCUCCAUCUCCAUACUCAAAGACGGGAUCAACAAGUCGCCGAUAACACCGCGUCGCGAUUCCCGCUUAGUUCCAGAGGGAGGUUCUCCAGUCUCCAGUCUCAGGUCUCAGUUGCCAUGUGAAGUUCUCCACUAACACGAGACUGGACGAUGGAGGAUUUCGACGAGCCUAUGAGCCCGGUUUUGAUGGACAAAAAAUGGGUUUUUAACGAAGGAAAACGAGCCACAACGGCAAACGAUGAACAGAAGCAUAAUUUGCUUUUACAACCGACUGAGGCUCAAAAAGAAACUGGCCUUUUAUCAGAAGUAUUGGUAAUGCAGCGUAAGGCUUUAGAUUCCAAUCAGAGAUAUAAACAUUCAGAAGUGACCCCAGUUAAUAGUUCAUCAGCUAUUUGUAAAAUAAAAAAUAAAAAUCCCGAAUUGAACCCAAGUCCUGACAUGAAGGUACGAUCCCAAUUUUCAGAAGGGAAAACAGUUUUGAGCUUAGAUGAACAGACUCCAACAAGUUCUAGAAAUUCGUUUUCAAGAAAUAUAUCUUUAUUAGACCUUGAUGAUUCAGUAGAAAAAAAUUUCCUAUCUAAAUGUAGAGAUUUAACAAACAAUUUUCAAUCAGGAAGCCCUCACAUUCAGAAAUAUUCAGUCAAACAACUAGAAAAUGAUAAACACAGUAUUUUCAAACCGAGUAAUAAAUUUGAGUCUUCUAUUUUAAACAAUUCAAAUGAAGAAUAUUUUCUCACUUCUUCUGGAUAUAAACCAUCAAGUUCUGUUAAGCUGGACAGCCCUGUUGGUUUUUCACCAACAAAAAGAACCUUAGAAGUAAAUGUCUGUACAAAAUUUCAAGCCAAUGAGAAAACCGAAUCAAACACUGAAGAUAAUACGGUCUCGACCAAUGAUAAAAGACAUUUUCCUGACAUGAUAUUUGAAGAAGAUAACCAUUUACAAGAUAGUAACAGAGAAGAUGAAAAAGAAGAAAUCAUUAAUAAGAGUAGAAAUUUAUUUUUAUCAGAAGUGUACGAAAGUCCUGUAAAUUCUAGUCAGCUCGUCUACACAAAGAAGGAAUCGCCAGAAAAACAUAGUGAAAAAAAUGACCAAUACAUGAAAACUUCUGCAGAAGUUGAACAAAUUUCAAAUCCAGCAUUUCUGACUCUUGGAGGUACUGUUGUUAACAUGUCGCAGAACUGUACGAAAACAAUGUCUGAGGAUAUAAAUGAUGAAUCAGAUUUUAUAGACGUCGAAGGAGUCGAUUCUAGUGAUGAGCCAGAUGGCUAUCUCAAAGAACGUUUGAAGUUAGUCAAAGAGAUCAAUGCCGAUGAAGAUAACUAUCCAACCUGUUCCAGCGAUUUGAAUCCAGUUACCAGAAGGUUUUCUUCUGUUAAUGACAAAUCAUGUCGAAAUUCCACUUGUAAGGAUAAUUUAAAAAAUAACAGAGAUACCGCUUUGAAAGAUCAUUUCAUUGAUUUUAAUCUUGCAGCCUUUUCUCAAGCUGAUAUCUCAUUGGAAACUUAUUCAUCAGAGUCUGGUAAAGUGCUCAAUCCUUUGCAGGUAUGCAGGAAUACAUCAAGUAUGACAAGUGAUGAUUUCAGCGGCUCAGAUGUGUCCCAAGUUCCAUCAGAAUUCAUCGAAACUGAAAUCGUCAUGCCAGAGAGUGAAGGGUCUGAAGGGUACUCUAGGUUACCAGAUCUCACUCUUAUUGCCAGAGACAAAGAAAAUGAUGAAGGUGAAAUUACUAUUGUCGAGAGUAUGAUUUCUGAUGAUCCAGUCGACUCGUGGUCUUUAAAUCUUGAAGAUUCGUCUAAAACAGAAAUGGGCGCAUCAUCCACAACUGGUGGGAUUUUAAAGAAUCAAAACAAAGAAAUAAAUAAUUUUUCACAAUUUGCUAAAAACAAUAUGCAAUUUUGUGCAAGAGAGGAAAAUUCUGUUCAUUUUUCAAAGUGUAUAGAUAAACAAGACAGAUUAUCUUCAAAAUUUGUAGAACACAGCAAUGAUAUUCAAAUUGAAUCUUCAGAAGAAAGGUUUACAUUUUCCACAGCAGGAGGGAAAUCAGUAGAAAUCUCAGAGAGUCGUUUAGCUCGAGCAAGAAAACUGUUUGCUGAAGAUUUUGAUGACGGUAAAGAAAUAGACAGUAUAAGUACCUUGGAAACGGGCAAAUUUAAACAAAUUUCAGCAGAUAGUUCAGAUAAAAUGAAUCUGUUGUUUUCACAUCAAAUUCCAGAAGAACAGGUUAGCUUUUCUAAUGGGUCAGGGAUAAACGUAACAAUCUCUCAGAGAAGAGAUGAGGCAAGAGAUGAGAAGAGAAAAAAGAUAUAUGUGGAAGAUAAUGGCAAAAACAACCAAAUAAGUACUUCUUCUGAAAAUAAUGAAGUUUUGGAAAAAUCAUUUAAAAUAUCUGAGAAAAGUUCUCAAGAAAUAGAAGAUUUAAAUAAAAAGCAUUCAACUGUUGACAACAAUGGAUUAUCAACAAGAAUUCUGGCCAGUUCAGAAAUGGAUAAACCUGAAAAACUUCAAAUUUACAAAGAAGAAACUCUUGAUGCUACUUCAGAAAAAAAUGGGCUGAUAGGAGAAAAUAAAGUGUUUGCGCAAGAUUCAGACAAAGAAACAAAAAACAUAAUUCCUGGAAUUUAUUUUUCAACAGCAUUGGGAAAAGAAGUAAAAUCGGAAAGUAGUUUAGUUAAAGCUAAAAAUUUGUGUGAACUGGAUUUAGAGGAAAACUUCAAAUUAUUAGCAUCAGCAGAAAGUUCAGUGUUUUCAACAGCAUCUGGCAAAGAAAUAAAAUUGUCAGAAAAAAGCUUGGCUAAAGCCAAAAAGUUGUUUGAACAAGAUUUAGAUGAAAACCUAAAAUUAUCAAUCCCGCCAGAAAGUUCAGUAUUUUCAACAGCAACUGGCAAAGAAAUAAAAUUGUCAGAGAAAAGCUUGGCUAAAGCUAAAAAGUUGUUUGGACAAGAUUUAGAUGAAAAUCUAGAAACUUCCCAGUUAUUGACUGCAGGAAGUCCAUUAUGUUCGCCUCAAAAAGGACCUCUCUGUUCCAAAAAAUCUGAUGACAAUUGCGCAACAUCCACUACAGAAAUUUUAUAUUCAGUAGCUUCAACAAAAGAAGGGUAUUCAUUAAAAGGCAAUAACCAAACUCAAGAAACUUCAUCCAGUCUUGGAUUUUCUACAGCAUCUGGAAAACAAAUUUUCGUUUCUGAGAAAAGUUUGGUUAAAGCGAUGAAAUUAUUCACUGAAGAGAUGAAUGAUUGUUCAGCUUCUUCUGUAAUUAAAGAAUUACGUGGUUCAAUAAGGAAACCUUUCAGCGGCUUGGAAAAUAAAUCAACAUCAAUGGGAACAGCUCAUUUAGCAAUCAAUAACGUCGACAAAACUGGAUGUGAAAAAGUUGAACAAAAUGUUCAGAAAUGCGAAGCAGGUGAUAAAACUGUUGAAAACCCUGAUGUUGAUCUCGAGCCUGGUUUUUUUCAUGAAUUUUCUAAGCAUGUGUUCCCACAAGAAUCUUGUUUUUCCACUGGUUCUCAUACAAAAAAGUCCUGUGUUUAUAACAGUUUCUCUGCUCAGGAGAAAAGCAACAAAAUUUCUUAUAAAACGGCUGCUGAAAGGAAAGAGUAUUUACCAUCAGAUUCCAAAAUAAAAAAUACAGAGAAUGAAAAAAAUGUUGAGUUAGAUGCAGAUUUGGAUAAGGAAUUAUCUGAAUGUAACAUUAUAAAAUCCAACAAAAGAAAAUUGAUACACGAUGAAAAUACCCCUAUAAGUAACUCUAAUUUUAAUUAUAAAAGAUCUCUAGUUAGAAAUAAUAUAGAAAAGUUGCCUUCAAAAAUGAACAUUGCUAAAAGGUUUGAAAUUGGUACACCCGAAAGAACUAUCGGAAUUGAGAAAAAGGCUAAAAUAUCUGAAAAGGAGGUGAAAUUUUGUGAUGACAUUCCUGUUGGCCCGUUGAAAUAUGAGAAUAAAUUGCCAAGAUUGAUUAGUACUAACAGCAAUGACAAUAAUUCAACAGUGAAAGUAGAAACAGAAAUAGAGCUGUUAGGAGCGAAAAAGUGUCAGUUAACAUCAUCACAGAUGAGUGAAGUGUCCGAAUGCACUCUAGCUUUUAUGGAACUGGCAGACGAAUUUGGGGUCGAUAAUGCUGGCAAUACAACGAAUGACACAACUCUUGCCAAAAGGAAAUCAACAGAGCAGGAAACUUGGGAUAGCAAAAUAUGUAAAAAGUUAAAGUAUGAACAUGACAACCACGAUUCAGAAAUUGAGAAAAGAUUCAGGGCUUAUUCAGACGCCAAGAAAAGACAGGUUGAAACUAUUGAAAUGAAAAAGAAGUGUAAGGUGAAACCACAGACAGGCAGCCUCUUUCUUUCAAAGGAAAAACAAGAAAGAAAACAACUGAGUGACGCAUUAGGGGAAAAUAUUGCAAGAUUGUAUACCAGGGAAGAAUUACUCACAGUUGGAGUUAACAAUGAUAUUUUGGAUUUGACAUCACUAAAUGCCCACGAAUUUCGUUUCAAUGUUCAACGGUUCUGUGAAGGAGAAUAUGAAAUUCAAAUGGACGAUGGAAUUAUCUUGGUACCCGAUUUGAACAAUGAGAUGGGCUUAACUGAAAUAAAGGACUGUUUCUUAGCCAGCCCUGGUGUCGAUCCGUCCCUCGUUCCUGUAAAUUGGGUCGAAAACCAUUAUCGCUGGAUUGUCUGGAAGCUGUGCUCUUUUGAGCGCACGUUCCCUAAACAAUUUUCUGGCAGGUGCUUGAACGUGGAGAACGUCUUGCUCCAAUUAAAAUACAGAUACGACAAGGAAAUCGAUAAAGCACAGAGGCCUGCUUUAAGGAAAAUAUUGGAACGAGACGAACAACCUGGAAGGACUUUUAUCUGUUGUGUUGCUUCCAUCAAAAAGACAGAUUUUGACAAAGAAGGACAUAGAUUGGAACUGGAAAUCACAGACGGUUGGUAUUCAGUUUUUACACUUGUAGAUCCUGAAAUGGUUGAGCUUGUAAGAAGCAAUAAAGUAAAAAUUGGUACAAAAUUGAUUGUCCAUGGCGCAGAAUUAUUAAAUUGUGAUGACGGGUGUGAUCCAUUAAAUGUGCCGCAAGAAGUAAAAUUACAGAUCCAUACAAACUCAGUUCGAAGGGUGAGAUGGUACAGUAAAAUGGGAUUUUUCAGGAAUCCAGGUCCCAUCGUUGUCGGCCUGAAUUCCAUUUUGCCAAACGGCGGAUUGAUCGGUCUCACGACCGGCGUCGUCGCCAGAGUGUACCCGUUGCUUUUUAUGUCCAAAGACACCGAGGGAAAGACAGUCUUGAGAAAUGACCGAAUGCAAUCGAUCGAAGAGGCGAAACAGAAUGAACUGUGUGGGAAAAAAGUCGAAGCCAUUUAUGAAAACGUCUGGAAAGAGGUCGAGGAAAAAUACGUGCCGAAAAGUUUAGCAAAAGAGGUUAAUUUGAAAAAUAUAAAAAACAUCGAUGAUCCAAAGUCUCUUUACGCAAUUUACAAAAUGACCGCUGAUGAGUCAUUAUUCUCUCCCGAACAACUGACAACUGUAACAGCGCAUCAUGAAGAAGUUACCGCAAAAAUAAGAAGUGAAGUGGAUGAAUCUGUUAAAAAACAGUUGGGCGGAGAACAACAAAAUAUCAAAAGAAUGAAAAAGGUAAAAAUAGUAGAUUACUUCACUGGCUGCCCUUUUUGUCUGACUAUAUGGCAGCCGACAGAAGAAGUUCUUGCUUUGAUCGAUGAGUGCAAAACCUUAGAUUUAUACGGACUUUCUGCAUCUGGCGUAAGAGAUAAUAUGAUACAGCUCUCAACGACUAGGCAGACAAGAUUCGUCGAAAAUAACUGUUUGCAGAGUGUGUCCAAGUAUAAAAGAAAGAUAACAAAAUUGUCGGAAUUCGCAAGCGACAAUUUCUCUCCAUUAUUUGGCGAAGUGGAAGUCAUCGGAGUUGUGAUUUACGUGACAAAGCCAGACCAAACGCACGGUGUGACUAAAGUGUACUUGUCCGAUCUUGAAUCUAACUACCUCGCAAUCACCUUUUGGUCAUCGCUUUCAAAAUUCGGCUGGGAGGAGAUUUUAGAAGAAGGUUCACUCGUCGCAGGAAGCAAUUUGCAGUGGAGGAUCGGCUCCAGGUCAUCGACAAUACCCUGUGUUUAUGCCACGGAAAUGUCUCUUUUCUCGCAAAACCCCAAACAGCUUUAUUUCAAGCAGGAAAUAACUGAAUUCAAUCUCUUCUCGAUUGAGAAGAGUUUAACUGAAUUUGCGGAGGAUGAAAAAAUGAAAUUGUUGAAUAUUAUAAAGCACCCGGAAUCCACUCUGCAAAGUCCGUCGACUGUUCAUUUGAAUCUCUCGAAUUUGAAAAGUCCGAGCGCAUUGUGUCAGAAACGUGCGAGGUUAUCAAAUCAGUACGGUGGACAAGUGCUUCCACUUUCGCCAAUGGCAUUAGCAAACAAUCAUCCCAAUGUGAGAAAAGAAUUUAUUUCUCCGUUUAGGACAAAAAAAUAAUCUUUUGUUCUUGUUCAUAUAAGAAACUUUUGAGUUACCAUAAGAAGUUUGUUCUGUAUAUAACUAUUGUAAAUAAAAUUAUUUUUAUAACUAAUAAUAAAUUUGUUGCAAGAAUAGGCUUUUAUUUGUUCAGUUAUGUUUAAUGUGUAUUAUUACAUUCAAUGGUACAAGUCAGUAUAUUUAUUUUGUCUUUCACAUAAAAGACUAAAACUUUACUGCUUACAUUAUUGUUUUUAUUACCUUAAAAUUUGCAGGGCUUAAAGUUCAAAAUCUCAACUAGCUAAAACUGAAAUGUCACAAUUUGUUCUUUCAAAAUUCAAAUAAAAUUAUCUUU